AUGGACAUGUUGGUAGGAGAGAUACGGGUAUGUAGGCCUUUGCAUCUUAUCUAUCUCACUCAUGCAAUAACCAAGACUUGCACCAAAGGAUUACAUUACAUUAUAUUGUGUGGACCACAGUUCAAGCACGCAGCUUUAACUGAUGCUCAACACCCCCUAAAACAAGCAAAGCAUCUUAAACGUGUAAUUGGUAAUGCUCAGGUGCGCGGUGUUGGCAAAAGACAUGAAAAACGGAAAAUGCAGGUGAGUGAGAAGGCGUACAUUGAUGCUACCGAGGAAGUUCCUGCUUCCUAG